AUAAGUUUUAUAAAUACGGCCGAGCUAUUUUUUAAUACGCUUAGUAACGACGAGUUAGAAAUAAGAGGGUAUUUAAUAUAUAACGUAAACAAGGACCUAUUUAAUAGCAAGGGCGACAAGUCUUACCGUUCUAAUAUAUUUAACGUUAAAUCUAGCGAAAACUUAGACCUAUUAAAAAGAGGGCGGUUAAAUAACGAUUAUAGUAAUUUAAACGUUUUAAAUAAAAGUUACGGGCUUAGUAUAGAAGAAGACGAUAGCGAUAUAGAGUAA